GGCGGAGUUGGAGGGAUUGAAACCGGAGCCUCUGGGUCCUGGGCACCUGCUGGGUCCCGGAGCGAGAGGGCGUUCCCUCGAGCGAGGCAACCUGGGGUCCCUUCGUCUGCGCCCCCUUGUCUGCUUGAGGCCGACCUCUGUGGGACCGGUGUGCCCAGGCGCUGGGAGGAUGGGUUAGCACUGAGGGAGUUUAAAGGAUCUCUUCUGAGAGCAGGAAGUGCAAAGUGACAGCGACGUUGCAUCAGCAGCAGCUUGCGGUUUCAGGUGCUCGGGACAGUCACUUUUUGCUUCUAUAGACAAGUUCAGCUGUCUUUAUUAUCUUCCCAGGUUCCUAAGACCUGACUGUAUUUUCCCACUGCCGGGCUGUUUUCCUGCUAGCUAACCAUGCAGCGGAGAUCGAGAGGAAUUAAUACCGGUCUUAUUCUGCUCUUUUCUCAAAUAUGCCAUGUCGGCAUUAACAAUAUUCCACCUGUCACCCUUGCAACUUUGGCUCUCAACAUCUGGUUCUUCUUGAAUCCUCUGAAGCCACUAAUUUACUCCUGCCUUAGCGUGGAAAAGUGUUAUCAGCAAAAAGACUGGCAACGUUUACUGCUUUCUCCCCUUCACCAUGCGGAUGACUGGCAUUUGUAUUUCAAUAUGGCAUCCAUGCUCUGGAAAGGAGUACAUCUGGAAAGAAGACUGGGAAGUAGGAGGUUUGCUUAUGUCAUCAGUACAUUUUCCCUGCUCACUGGAGUGGUGUACCUGCUCUUGCAGUUUGCUGUGGCUGAAUUUAUGGAUGAACCGGACUACAGGAAGAGCUGUGCUGUAGGUUUCUCAGGAGUUUUGUUUGCUUUGAAAGUUCUUAACAACCAUUAUUUUCCUGGAGGCUUUGUCAAUGUUUUGGGCUUUCCUGUACCCAACAAAUUUGCUUGUUGGGCAGAACUUGUGGCUAUUCAUUUCUUCUCACCAGGGACUUCCUUCGCCGGGCAUCUGGCCGGGAUUCUUGUUGGCCUCAUGUACACUCAGGGGCCUCUGAAGAAAAUCUUGGAAGCAUGUGCAGGCAUUUUUUCUUCCAGUGUUGGUUAUGCAGGACAACAAUACUACUUUAAUAAUUCAGGCCACUCUGGAUAUCAGGAUCAUUAUCCGUAUGGCAGGCCGGGGUCCUAUGAAGCACCCAGGAAUUAUGAUAUGUACACAGCAGGGCUGAGUGAAGAGGAGCAGCUGGAGAGAGCAUUAAGAGCCAGCCUCCGGGACAGAGGAAAUACCAGAUACAGCCCACCGCCCUAUGGGUUUCAUCUCUCACCAGAAGAAGAAAUGAGGAGGCAACAGCUUCACAGAUUUGAUGGCCAGUGAGGCGCAGGGCGUCUUGGGAAGAUGUGAUCCCGUUGGGUAAUCAGCGAGCCCAUUUGCUCAUCCUCAAAGCCCCCAGUGAGUCACUACAGCCUUAUCAUCCCAGGUCGCUCACACCUGCCUUGGACCAUCAUCUGUGGCUCUGUGAGUCUAGGGUCAAAGCCUCGUUGACCCGACGUGGAGCCAGGCUGGUGGAGUGCUGUGCUCAGCUUUCGGGAGGGCCACCUUCUGGCGUCGCGCUUUCCCACACACGGAGGCCACUUCCUCAGUGCAGACUGCUUUCUACAUGCCUGUCUCUCACUGCUGACUCAGUGGUGCCUCUGCCUUGUUUUGUUUUAGAAGACCAUGACCUUCACCAGGAGGUUUGGUUUUCACCAGUUGGGCAGGCCAGUCCCUCCUUGUGCCUGGAAUACUCCGUGUUUGACUUGGCGGGAGGUGAGGAGCCAGCCCUCCUCCGGCUGGCACCUUGCCACGCGACUGUCCAGGAACAGGAUGUGGUGCCUUAGCAGUGGGACUCUCGUCUCCCUUCCUGGGACUCCUUGGCUUCUCGGGCCUCUGCAUCCAGAUGGUGUUUACGGAGCACUCACUCUGUUUCCAUGUCACUCUGUCUUAGAGAGCGUUUUAGUGAAGAAGCAUGAGGAGAACCUGCAGUGGGGAAGACACCCGUACAUUUCGCCAGGUACCAGCUGGCACCAGCCAGCAGUUUGGGUUCCCAGCGGCCCCUCUGCUGUCAGCAUGUACCCAGGAGAUGGGGCUUGUUCUUGAACUUUCUGGCAAUGCAACAGCAAGUGCCACGGGCCAAGUAGAGCCAAGGAGGGCAACAGAUAGGUGGGUCACCAGCAGUCUUCUUGCAGGAAGUGUUUGUUUUUGUUUCCUCAUAGAAGUGCCUCUUCAUGGGCCACUGUUAACAGGUAUGUGGUGGCCAAGUGCCCAAAAUGCCCCUGGGCCCUGCAAUAUUAUAAUCCACGGUCGUCUGUCCAAGUCACUCUAGGUGUUUCUUGGUGCUUGUGUUUCAUGAAUAAAAGAACAAAGCCAAAACAUUACUGCUGUUUUAUUCCACAGAGAUAUUUAUUUUUAAAGAGAGAAGAAUGGAUCUUCCUUGUUGGCUUUAUCUACCAUUUAUAUAUAGUAUUCUCAUUAUGAAAGCAAUAGAUACGGCUUCUGAAUACAUAACGCAAACAUCUGGGAAAUAAACGCAUAUGCUAACAAAGGUUGUCUUUGGGAGUGGAGGAUACGGGAAUUUGCUUUUUCCUUUGUAAUUUUGUAUUUUCAUCUUGUAAAAAUAUGUGUUUGUGUCUGUGUUGUUUUUAUAAUCAGGAAAACUGAAUAAUAUAAUAAUAAAUCAAGAAAUUUAUAAUCAGGAAAAUGGUCGUAAAAGUAACUACUAUGUAGCCAUUUAAACAGAAAUACAAAUAAAUACAUACACAAUUUUAACGUCACCUACAUUGCUAGGUUGGUGUUUUGGAGGUAUUGCUUUCCCAGUUUUUCUGUGUGUACAUUUUACCAACUUUGAACAAGUUCACAUCUAGUUCCUGAUCUGAAUUCACCUAGGAGAGGCCUUGACACUCGUGAGUGGAUGAACUAAGAAGACCACUGGGUCCUGGGAGCACUCUGACCCACUGCUAGGACAGCCCCCAGCUCUCUGGGUUAAUUUAUAAUUCAGGUAAAGCUACAGCUGUGUAUAAUACGAACUGCACCUGUGAAUCUGGAAGCUAAAAACAUGCUUAAAGUAAAAUGUCCAAGAUGAAUGUCCUUCUUUUCUCCCAGACUCUGUAAAGUUACCUCCUGUUACUCCAUUCAGAAGGAACCUCUUUCUUCCAUGCCAUCUUUUCAUAGCACUUGGUGAUUCUGUGACAACACAGAUCCUUGCCCUUAUUAUCAUUAUUAUUAUUAUCUGUGUACAACUAUACAAAGACAUGCCUUCUGUAAGAGGGUAUAAAUUGUGAAUGACUCAAAGGCCUGUGUCUUAUUUAACCUUUUCACUCAUCCCAUCUCCCCCUUCCACCACACAAAGGCU